GUUUUCUUGUUGUUUGCGAGGCACUCACCGAUAUGAGGCAGUUAGAAAAUGAUGUCUUUCUUUUACGUGUCCUCUUCGGGUCAUAGAAAGAAGCUUACCUGGAGCUAAUAAGUGUGUUUAAGAGACUUCAAAAAAGCACAGACUCUGAUAAUGGCACUUCCAACAAGUACAUCCUUCUUUGUGGCAUCUGUAUUAACAUUGAUAACAUUUGCUGGUAUGCAGAUGUUCAAAAGUGAUCUUGGAUCAGGCAAAGUUAUGACAAUUCUUGGUGGAUUCCUUGGUUCACAAAUGUUUGUUUUCCUGCUAACAGCUGUGAAUAACUUAGAAAGAUUCAUGUUUGGAUCUGGCUUUCAAUCAAAGAUUUUCCCAGAGGUUGUUGCCUGUCUUACUUUGGCUCUUGUUGCAUCUGGUCUUGUACACAGAGUUUGUGUUACUACCUGCCUUCUGUUUUCGAUUGUGGCACUGUACUACAUCAACAAACUAUCAACACAACACUACAGUAUGGCGACUCCUCAAAUCAAGACAGUAAGCAAAGCAAAAAAGGGACAGUAAGAUGUUUGUUUUUUGGUUUCUAUGUCAAAUAUUAGAUAACUGAUUCUUUGGUCUUUUCUGUAAGAAUGAUUAAAUUUUAUAAAGUUAAGAAAUAUUCA